CACACAGCAGCGCAACAGAGACCAAGAAAAGUUUGAAAGAGAUCCAGCUGAGUUUCACAGUCUUGAUUCCCCACUUUGCUGUGCCAACACUUAGUGAAAGUUGGCAUGCCCUGGACUAGACCCCAGGUGGACCUCAAUGCGGGUGGAGCAGAGGCCAUGGACCAGUACAACAUAGACGACCACCACUAUGAGGGCUCCCUCUUCCCCACCUCCACCCUCAUCCCUGUCACCGUCAUCUGCAUCCUCAUCUUCAUCAUCGGGGUGACCGGGAACACCAUGACCAUCCUCAUCAUCCAGCACUUCAAGGACAUGAAGACCACCACCAACCUCUACCUGUCCAGCAUGGCGGUGUCCGACCUCGUCAUCUUCCUCUGCCUGCCCUUUGACCUUUACCGGCUGUGGAAGUACGUGCCCUGGCUUUUCGGGGAGGUGGUGUGCCGCUUCUAUCACUACAUCUUCGAAGGCUGCACAUCGGCCACCAUCCUGCACAUCACGGCCCUGAGCAUCGAGCGCUACCUGGCCAUCAGCUUCCCCCUCAGGAGCAAGGUGUUGGUGACCAGACGCAGGGUCCAGUACAUCAUCAUCGCCCUUUGGGUCUUCGCCCUGGUUUCCGCCGCUCCAACACUCUUCCUCGUUGGGGUGGAGUACGACAAUGACACACACCCGGACUACAACACAGGGCAGUGCAAGCACACCAACUACGCCAUCAUCUCCGGGCAGCUGCACAUCAUGCUCUGGGUGUCCACCACCUACUUUUUCUGCCCCAUGCUCUGCCUCAUCUUCCUCUAUGGCUCCAUCGGAUGCAAGUUGUGGAAAAGCAAAAUGGACCUGCAAGGCCCCUGCGCUUUGGCCCGAGAGCGGUCUCACAGGCAAACAGUCAAGAUCCUGGUGGUGGUGGUGCUGGCCUUCAUCAUCUGCUGGCUGCCCUAUCACAUUGGCAGGAACCUCUUUGCCCAGGUGGACGACUACGAGACGGCCAUGCUGAGCCAGAACUUCAACAUGGCCUCCAUGGUGCUGUGCUACCUCAGCGCCUCCAUCAACCCCGUCGUCUACAACCUCAUGUCCCGGAAGUACAGGGCAGCGGCCAAACGCCUGUUCCUGCUGCACCAGCGGCAAAUACAAGCCCACCGCGGCCAGAGGCAGCUCAGCGUGAUCGACCACAUGUCCACCCUGAACGAAAGCCUGACUGGGGUCUGAGGGGCCCCGGCACUCUCAUGAGCAGUGAUUUUAACAUCUUUGAUGGACUUCAGCAUUAAGACAGCAAUGGAAGGCUUCAGGAGUUGAGCGAGGGCUUGUUGAAGAUGUUCGUUCAAUUUUAUCUUUGAGUGGGAAUACAGGGCUGAGAGCUCCACUGCACUUCAAUGCAAAGUCUGCUUCACACUGGGGCAUUUGAUCACACAGACAGGAAGAUGAUUUUCAACCAUGUCACAUUUCCUUUUCUUUCCCAAGAAACAGGAAUUACAUUUUCUUGUGUCAGUGUUUAACCUUAACAGUGUGUGCUGCUACAUGCUUAUUUCUUGAUUUGUGUAAGCACUUAUUAAACAUCAAUUCCCAGCUGAUAAUAACAAGCGCUCCCUCUUUGUUAAAGACAGAUGAUGUUAGCACCAUUUGUAAUGAGUCCUCAUUUAUUAUGUUUAAUUGUAGUCUCAACUGCAUUCUGUUGUAAGAUUGAAUUUGUUUAAUGUAUGGUGAACAAUUGUUAUCAUACGGUCUGUUUGUCGCUCUCAUAAAUCAAGAAAAACUGAAAACAAGUAAACCUAUUAGCCGUGCUCCAUUAGUUGUGCAGAUCUGAAAUUGGGUAUUCCGGUGUGAUGUUUGUGUUUGUGGUUUUUUCCAGUGAAUGGAUGGAACAUAAACUUCAUAAAAGCAGAUUCAUUUGAAAAUGGGACUGUUGAUGUCUGUGUGAGGCCACCUGAGCCCUGAGGAUUUGGGGCUGUGUACGUGCCGGCCAUCAUGUAAUCUGACACAGCUAUUAUAUUACCUGGGCUUGGAGUUUGAUUUAAACUGGCGGCCAGUGUCCCUGCAUCACCAUAUUCAAAGUAAUGGCUGCUCUAAGUGCAUUUCAAAGAGGAAAAAAUAUAUUAGGCUGUCAGCAGCGGCAUAGGUUAUUGCUUUUAUUGCUUCCACCUGCAUAAUCUUGACAACAUUGUCCAUUUCCUCGUUGAUGUUCAAUUUUGGAUUAGAAAUUGUAAAUUUUUGUACCUUACGCACUCUGCCAAGAAGGGUAACGUCAAAGUAUUUAGCCUAUUUUUAUCCUGGACACUGUCUAAUCCAAAAAUAAACGCAGGGUUUUCAAGGUUCUGUCUCCUUUUAAAUGGAACUGUCGUGAUUUUGCUCAUGAAUCAUCGGGCCUUGGUUUGCACAAAUACUAAGAGACAAAGUCGCUGUGCGCUGACUCAUCCUCAUGACACAUUUUUUUCAGGGAGCCAUUCAUCUCUGCCAGAGGAGCUGAAGCAGCAGUUAAAAGCUUAUAAUGCCACAGACCAUC